AUGAUGGCUUUCACACUUAGAAAGUCAUCAUCUAUUCUACUGACACUUUUAGUCUUGGGGGUGUGGGCUUCCCAAGCCAACUGCCGCACAUUGCUUGAUGCUCAUACUUCCAUGUUAGAUAGACAUGAGCAGUGGAUGGCUCGAUAUGUACCCAUCUACAAGGACGAUGAAGAGAGGGAAAAGCGUUUCCAGAUAUUCAAGGACAAUGUGGAGUUCAUAGAGUCCUUCAACUAUGCUAGCAAUCAGCCUUACAAGCUAAACAUCAAUGGAUUUGCAGACCAGAGUCAUGAAGAAUUCCAAGCCUCUCGCAACCGAUACAGAACAUCCCUCAAUACCAUGUCAUCUAAGACGCCUUUUAGAUAUGAGAAUGUGACUGCAAUCCCAUCCAGCAUGGAUUGGAGAAAAAAGGGAGCUGUCACCCCCAUCAAGGACCAGGGUGAAUGUGGAUGCUGUUGGGCAUUUUCUGCAGUGGCAGCCACAGAAGGCACUACAAAGCUGAAAAGUGGGAAGCUCGUGUCUCUUUCGGAGCAAGAGCUAGUGGAUUGUGACACUCAGGGUGAGAACCAAGGCUGUGAGGGUGGUCUCAUGGAUGAUGCCUUUAAGUUUGUAAUGCGCAACAAAGGCCUGGCAGCUGAAGCAAACUACCCCUAUAGAGGAAUUGAUGGAAUUUGCAACAAGAACAAGGUAGCAUAUCAUGCAGCAAAGAUCACAGGUUAUGAAGAUGUACCAGCCAACGAGUUGGCUUUGUUGAAGGCCGUGGCCAAUCAACCUGUUUCUGUUGCAAUUGACGCCGGUGGAUACGAAUUCCAGUUUUACUCACGUGGAAUUCUCACAGGAGAUUGUGGAACUCAUUUGAACCAUGGUGUCACUGUAGUUGGGUAUGGGACAGGUGCUGAUGGUACCAAGUAUUGGUUAGUCAAAAACUCAUGGGGUGCAGAGUGGGGUGAGGGUGGAUAUGUAAGAAUUCAAAGAGAUGUGCACACUAGGCAAGGCCUUUGUGGCAUUGCCAUGAAAGCUUCUUAUCCUACUGCUUGA